AUGUAUGAUACACUCUCUCUGAGCACUUGCUUCGAUACUCUCCAAGACACCAACGGCGACAAUCAAGCACGCGCUUGGAUCCGAAAAGCCCUCGAUGCCAAGAUCGACCUGGCAAGAUUUGUUGCCGACCGUCGAGGAAAGGGUCGAGCCACCGAGGUCGUCGGCUACCUCAAGGGCGCCUUCAACCUGGGCUUCCGAAUCAGGUUUGAGGAUGACGGGCCCGACACCGUCAUCCGUUUCCCGAAGCCAGGCCACAUCUCGACGGCUUUCUUGGAAGAGAAGCUUGUCAACGAAGUACGCGCCAUCGAGUUCAUACGCCACAACACAACAAUCCCGGUUCCCUUUGUGCACGCCUGGGGCUUGACCCACGAGAGUCCGCGGCAGCUCGGCCCCUUUAUCAUCAUGGACUUUGUCGAGGGCACCUUGGCCUCGAGAAUUCUCCAGAAGCCCACCGACGACGACCAGCAGGAACUGAUCUUGAACCCGGACCUGGACAGUUCCCUGCUGGACAGUUUCUACCGGCAAGUCGCCGGAUAUCUGCUUCAGCUGUCUCGACUCGAGUUCAAGCGUAUUGGCGCUAUUUCAAAAGAGCCUGGAGAGCCUGGGGGCGGGAAAGAUGUGUGGUCCUCUUCCAAGAGACCUCUGACGUACAACAUGAACGAAUUGGCCACGUCCGCAGGCUACCCAGCGGACGGCUUUCCGACCACAAGCUUCGGCCGCGCCAGCGACUUCUUCAAGAGCGUGGCUCGCGAGCACCUGGUCCACCUGCGUACCCAGCGGAAUCUCGCCUUCACCCCCGAGAUUGCGCGCGCCCGCUACAUUGCCCGCCACCGCUACCUCCAGCUCGUCGACACCUACUGCAGCGCCGAAGACGACGCAGGCCCCUUCGCCCCGUUCUGCGACGACUUCCGGCCGGCCAACAUGCUCGUUGACCCCGACACCAUGCAAAUCACGGCCGUGCUCGACUGGGAGUUCACCAACGCCAUGCCCGCCCAGUUCUCGCACGACCCGCCCUGGUGGCUGCUGCUAGCCGACCCGGGCAGCUGGGUUGACCGCGACGCCGUGCAGGAGUUCCGCGACCUCUACGAACCCCGGAUGGAACAGUUCCUCCGGAUGCUCGAGACGGUCGAGGCCGAGGAAGGCCGGGAUGCCUGUGGAGACGGAGACGGAGACGACCGGCCGCCGCUCUCGGCCCGGAUGCGCGCCUCGUGGGCGACGGGCCGGUUCUGGUUCGAUUUCGCAUCCCGGAAAAGCUACGACGUCGACACCAUCUAUUGGAAGGUGCUGCACGAAGGCGGCGACGCGGCCGCGCUGCUCGAGCCCGAGGUGCGCGCCGGGAUGGACGCCGCCGUGGAGGAGAAGAUGGCACAGCUGAAGGAAUACAGGGAGGAAUGCGCAAUGCGUUUCCCCGAUGAGAAGGCUGAUGACAACGAGUAG